UACUUGAAGGUACAUUUGCAUCCAGAUGAAAUCUUGGUUCAUAUGGAUUUCAGUGAGAAUUAUUCUUUGAAAUAUGCAACAGAAGUACAAAGCUUCCACUUUGGCGGGAGCCGCGAGCAAGUUUCUCUGCACACUGUCUCAGUUUCAUUAUCCUUCAAAAAUAGCAUACACGAUGCUUCGAAAAUAAAAUCGUUCUGUACAUUUUCCAAAAACCUGAACCAUGGACCCUCAGGAAUAAUAGCUCAUUUAGAACCUGUGUUUUCAUGGAUAAGAGAACAGAAGCCAAACUUAAAAAUGAUACAUUUUCUAUCUGACGGCCCAUCAAGUCAGUAUAGAAAUCAGUUAAUGUUUUACAUCUUUGGAAACAUGUUGGACUCGUAUUUUCCUUCACUUGUAUAUUCCACUUGGAAUUAUUAUGAAACCGGACAUGGAAAGGGGACCUGUGACGGUAUAGGAGGCACAGUGAAAAGAACCGCAGAUCGGUUAGUGGGUGAAGGUAAUGAUCUGAGUACUUUUGACAUUCUAGUAAGCAAACUGAGGGAAAGACUUAGAAAUAUAACAAUACAUGUUAUAGAAACAGAUAGUAUGACAACGAUGGCAACUAAAAUAGAAGCUUGUAGAUCAAAAACUAUUCCUUUUCUUGGUACAAUGAAGGUGCAUCAGGUUACUCAAAAGCAUAUCAUGAGUGACCCCAUAACUCUUUCUAUGAAAACAAUGAGUUGUUUUCAGUGUUGCAGAGACGUGGAUUUAAACCCUGAACACAAAGACAGCGAGUGCCCCCACUAUGAAUUAGGAAAAAUUAAAUAUCCUUCUAGAAGAACACAACUUCAAGAUUAUUUUAAUGAGGAAGCUGAACUUAUUUCUUGUGAACCACUGCUGCCUGAAUUGUCUCCUAGUCCAUACAUUGAGCAAAACAACGUACAGGAAACACAUUUGGAAAAUGUAAAACCAGGAGAUACCGUUUUGAUAAAGAUGAGGUUCAAAAAUCAAGAAUAUCGUCAUGUUUGUUCUAUUUUGGAAGUACAAUCUAAAGAAGAAGAAGAAGAAGAAGAAGAAGAAGAAGAAUGACCUUCUGAACUGAAAGUUCAGGGAUUGCGCGUUUCGAACCCCGAGAAGACUGAUUUUGUCAUUAGAAAUAAUGACAUUUUCACCGUUUUUCACAAAGACGUAAUUCAAAUUUUGCCUGCUCCUACUAUUCUUCUGAAGAAGAGGGUAAUAACCUAUGUGUUCCCCGAAUCAAUCAAUGUGAAUGAAAAAUAAAUAUAUGCUCAGGUGUUGCAUACAAUUUAUUUGUACUUAUCGUUUUUUGUUUAUUCACAUAAAAGUAUUAU